AUGUACAACAUGCCUGGCAUCGCAUACAACGUCAUGAAACACCUAGCUCUCACCAAGCGCGAGCGCCGAUUCAUCAUGUUCGAUUACGGCUCCCCCGCAGCAAACCUCGCAGCGUACGGCUCCCCAGAACCUGUCGACAUCGGAGCGUUUUACCGUCUCAUCGAUAUCCCCAUUGAUGUUGUCGCGGGGCGGCGCGACCGUCUUAUUCCGCGCGAGAUGGUCCACUGGCACUACAAGACGCUGAAGGCCGCUGGGCGGCAGGCCUCUUAUAGAGAGUUUGAAUAUGCGCAUCUAGACUUCACGUUUGCGCAUAAAGAAGAGCUUUUGGCUUAUGUGAUGCGGAGGCUGAGGGUUGAUCUGCCGAAGCUGCACCUCAUGCCGAACCUGUCGCCGAACCGGUCGCCGAACCUGCGGGCCCGCGUGGCGGAGUUUGAUAGGUCGAGAAGCUCGCCUGCCAUGGCUGCUGAUGGAUCUGCUAGUGCUGCUGCUACUGCUGCUGUGGCUGCUGCUGCCACUGCUGCUGCCACUGCUGCUGCUGCUGCUGCUGGUGGCAGCGGCACUGCUGCUAGUUCUAUGCGCAGGCCGGCAGUGCUUGCACCUGAUGCGCUGGUAACAUCUGAUCCGUUGGUUCGGCGGUGUGAGUCGGCAAUCUUCUCUCCGCUAGGAGCAUCAAUGGAUGACUCUCCCACGCUUGAGGGGCAGCUGUCGUUUGCUGGAUGGCGGAGUGGGGCCCCUGCUGUUGGGAAUGAUGUGGGCUCUGGUGCUGAAAAUGAUGCGUUCAGGUCGCAACUGAGGGAGGUGUAUUUGGACGGAUGCAUCAAUAAAAUCACAGCCAUGCCAGCUUCCCUUACAGUCCUCUCUUCCCUUCGUUUACUGCACAUUCAGUCCAGCUGUCUGCUCGAAUUUCCUGAGGAUAUAAGCUCCCUGUCAUGCUUGCAAGAGCUCUCUCUUUGGUGCUGGAAACUUUCCUUUCUGCCCGAAUCUAUUGGAAAGUUGUCGUCCCUGACAAAGUUGGAGCUAGUUUAUUGUUCCAGUCUUCCUCAGCUGCCCGAAUCUCUCACCCAACUGCCCGCUCUCACUACCCUCAACGUCUCCCACUGCUCCAAUUUGUUCGACCUGCCCCACAAUUUUGGGCAGUUGAAGGCUCUGCAAACGUUCACAUUAGCUGGGGGAUCUUUUUCAACGGACUUGCCUGAUUCUUUUUGCAGGCUGCCCGAUCUUAGCAAACUCACAUUGCGGCAUGCCUAUUGGCUCGACACUUUCCCGUCGUCCAUCUCAUCUCUCCAAAACCUUCAUUCCCUUGACCUGAGCAUCUGCAAUUGGCUCAAGAAUCUGCCCGAAGAAAUCGGGCAGCUGCAGAAACUAGAGGAGCUGAGACUGACUGACUGCCUGAAAAUCAACCGCCUUCCAGACUCCAUCUGCUCUCUACCCAACCUGAAACUCAUCUCUCUCCAAAAAUGCUUCAGCAUAGAGUGUCUCCCUACAGCGUUAGGAAGCCUGUCCUCCUUGUCUCAUCUAGAGCUCCUAAAACUUGCCAAGCUGACCGCCUUACCCUCCUCUGCACAGGAUCUGCGAAACCUACAGGUGCUUAUAUUGAAGGGGUGCAAAUCGCUUGCAAGUGUGCCAAGGCUGCUGUUGCAGCAGCAGCCUCCGUGCCAGCUGGCGAAGCUCCAGGAAUUGAGGAUUGCGUUUUGCAAGAAGUUGACACAGCUCCCGGAUUCGCUGCACCUCCUUCUUCCCUCGCUCUCUCGCCUAGUUUUGUUCAGCUGCACUGCCCUUUCUACGCUGCCCGAAGAUAUCGGUCAGCUUAAGAAACUUUCGUACCUGGAGCUGUCUCGCUGCACUGCGCUGAAAGAGCUUCCAAACUCUCUUUGCGCGUCAACAUCAUUGGAGCAACUCAUAAUUUCCUCCUGCCCAUCAAUAUCCUCCCUGCCCGCAGAUAUCGGGCAGCUGUCAUCUCUAAGGACACUUUCCUUAGAAAACUGCAAGGUUUUAACAGCCCUGCCCGAAUCUCUGGCCCAAGCGCCAACUCUCUCCUACCUGCUGGUCUCGGGGUGUGCGGAAUUGACUGGGUUGCCGGAGGAUUUGGGUCUCCUCAAAUCGCUAGAAGUUCUCAUUGUAAGAUCGUCCGAUAAGAUUCUUGAGCCACCUGCCUCGUUGGCGUAUGCAACGAGGCUGAGAAAGGUUGAGUUUAGAGACUAA